CUUAGUGUUUCACUUGACAGUGUCGGAGAUGCUUGCGUAGGUCCCAGGAGACUGUUGGCGAACAUGUGAGCUGUCUGCUCCUUACUUUACUUUACUUUGCAGUAUGGAAGAGGACAGUUGAAGUCGGACUAAGGAGAACUUCUUGAAGGAGGAUGGCUAAGAUUUGUAUGGAGAAGAGCAAUGGUCACGAGCUGAGUCCUCCUAACGGAGGUUGGGGCUGGAUGGUGGCCUUUGGUUCGUUUCUCAUGCUGGCGCUGUUGCCGAUGGUGUCGCUCUCCUUCUCCAUCGUGUUCUCCAGGUUCCUGACAGAGCGAGGCGCAUCCUCCACUGUCGUUGCCUGGAUUUUCAACAUGCAUAUUUUCACUUGGAAUCUCGUGGGGCCUCUAACUGGCCCACUCACGUCUGAGUUCGGCUUCAGGAAAGUCAGUCUCCUGGGCACGGCUGUCUCCUCUCUCUCCUUCUUACUGAUCGCCGCUGUAGACUCCAUCGGAGGACUUAUGGUGUUAUUUACUCUUUCUGGAAUGUUCGGUGGCGUAGGGUGCAAGCCAUGUUAUGUGCUGAUUCCCCAGUAUUUUGAUCGGAAGCGGGGUCAAGCCGUGGCUAUCUUGAUGGCUGGUAUUAGUCUGGGACAGAUAGCAGGUCCUCCAUUCGUCCGUUUUCUGCUGGAGCAGUAUGCUCUGAAGGGCGCCUGUCUUAUCGUGGGUGCCAUUGUCUUCAACAGCUGUGUAGGAGCAGCUGUCUUCCAGCCCGUGGAAUGGCAUCUGAAGCCACGUGACGAUGAAAAUCACCCAUCAUUACUCAGUACUGAUGAAUAUGAGGAAGGUAGUUACAUAGGAAGAAAGGAGAUAAUGUUCGACUCGCCAGCAAAGUGCCUAGUGCCAGGUGAAGUUGAAAGAAGAGCCCUAAGCAGAGGUAGCAGGCAUUUAAGCGAGUGCUCCUCUGUAUCUUUAGCUGCCUCUUUUAUUGACUUAACUAGCAUUUCACCUGUCAGCCGCAGCGAUAAUGACACUGUCCCACCCGGAAAAGAAUAUCCUGAUGGACCAGAGGUUAGUGGAACGAAAAGAGCUCUGUUGACGGUGUCUCGGUUGGCCCGCUCUCUCAUCACCGACCUGAAGAUCUUCAAGUCUUUCAGAGCACUCAUUAUUGCCAUCGCUGGAGUCUUGGUGACUAAUGGAUACUUAAAUUUCCAUAUGAUGACGCCAUUCGUCAUUCAAAACGCCGGCUACAGUCUUGAGGACGCUGCGUGGUGCAUGUCCAUCGGAGCAGUGACCAACCUGGUGGCUCGCCUCGGCACCUCAGCUCUCUCAGACUGUGCCUGGUUCAACAUGAGAGUUGUUUACAUGAUAGGAGCUGGUAUCAUCGCUAUUAGUACUCUAGUGUUCAGCUUCCUGAGUGACCUGACGUGGAUGAAAGUGACGAUUGGUGUGUGGGGGUACGGCAUAGGCACCAAUAUCUCCCUCUACACCCUCAUCAUGCCAAAGUAUAUGGGUGUUGAGAAUAUGGCAGCAAUAUUUGGAGGCCAGUCCCUGUUCAUGGCUCUGGGGCACAUCAUUCUUGGGCCGCUCAUUGGUUUGGUUCGUGAUGUAAGUGGAAGCUACGCCGUUGCUAUUCAGGUCAUGGCCUUCGAAGUCUUCCUCUGCGUCGUGCUUUGGGUGUUCAUGCCCUUAGCUGUCGCCUACGACAAGAGGAAUGUCGAAGAAUUAGCCAGCAGUGAGGAGGAAGUUGCACCGAAGUAACUCUCCUUAGUGAGCUCCCCAGCGGUGGGCUGCGUGCCCAGAAUGCUGCAGGCAUUUCCUCUCUGGAUUGCAACACUGAGACUCUGAAAGAGGAAGCUGGCCACCCUGUGGUCCUUGGUUUCUAUGAUGAGCUUUUCACCCAGCUCUAUUAGGAACUUUAGAGCACACUUUCCCCAUGCUCCAAGGGUCUCCGACCCUAUUGGGAUGAAGUUAUAGCAACGGGGAAGGUCUUCAUAUUUGCAGAUCUUCUGGGUCUUCCUGUGUCAGUAUAGUGGCUGGCAGCUCCACCCCCUUCCACUACGGAGUAUGGCAAGUAGGUGCCUGCCAAUGUGGCAGCACAUGUGUAGUCCCAGGCAAUCUGCUUUCCAUCCUUCCAAGGUAGCAUAGUGGCUCCAUCAGGAUGCUUUUGACUUCCGUCAGACCUCUGCACUUGGGGUUCCCAUUGAGCUGGGCAAUGGGCUGUGGCAAGGCUUCUCUUUAUGAUGUCAUUGACCUCCUCAUGCCUGGCAUACUUCCCUUCUACUGUGUGACACACGAGACCAUGAAGUCCGAAUUGAUCAGCUGUCUCCCUGCCGCAAAUACACCUAUGUUCGGUGAUAAUGGGGGCGGCUAGGCGAAGAGCAACACCAAUCCGAAUGGCCUGUGGGUCUAGUCGAGUGCCCAAGGAGGAACUGGGAACAGCUAACAGGAAAUCUCCUGAGUGUGGUGCCUUCACUGCCAGGAAAAGAGCUUUGUUCUUUCCUGAGGCAUUGGAGAGCAUUGUGUUGGCGAUUUUUUCCAUGAUCGGUUUGUCUCAGUGGGAUUGUUUGUGUUCUUUGGGAGGAGCUGGUCUACUGGAGGAAUCUGUAAGGGUGUCCCACCGAAUUGCUGCUUCAGUAAACCUGGGGUCUUGAGCUCCUACCACGUCUCUCAAGCGUUCGGGAACAAUCUUCUUGACUAUUGCACUGGAAGCCAAACAUGAAGACAGAAAAGCAGGUAAAGCAACAUACAUUGCUUUGUGCACCCCUAUACCUCCCAGUCGUACUGGGAGGGUUGCCUGAUUCCAUUGCUGAUCCUCUAGUGACAGGUUCAGUGCCUUCCUAAGGGUUGACCUCAGGUGUGCGUCAUAUUCGUCGAGUGUUGGGUUGUCAAAAGAGGGUGCACACCUCAGGAAGUGAGUCUUGGAAUAGUAAGGCACCUUGUGAGGAGAUACAGAGCAUUAUGGGCAUCAAGAUUGCUUAUUCUCUCCUCCAUUCUCAUCAGGUCAUUCAGUUAGUCCUUGAGGACUGUGUCGAUGGCCUGGUGACCCAGCGGUGCUCCCAAGAGGGUACUGUUGGACUGAGUGGUAGUAGAGACUUAUGGGAGGAUUCUUCACACAGCAUUGAUUAUUUCCUGGCUUGCUGUGAUGAUUUCACACUUGGAGGGAUUGAGGAUGAGUCCCAAGUCUUAUCCCUGUGUUUUCACCAGUUGUAGGUCCCCUACCAGGGACUCUUCUGUACCUGCCAGAGUGCCAUCAUCCAUGUACCAGAUGUUGAGCUUGCUGCAUAGGCUGGAAGUUAGUUCUCUUACUGCCAAGCAGAAGAGAAGUGGAGCUAGUGGGUCACCCUGCUGAACACCUUCUGAUGAGAGAAUUUCAUGUUCUCCAAACAAAAGAAUUGAGGGUUUGCUGUAGCCAGCUGAAAUGAAGGGAAAAAGACUGGGGAAGCAAUCCCGAACAGCUGGCAAGACAGAAUAUCUCUUUACCAUAUUAAAGGCAUUUCUAAAAUCAAGUUUGACUACAGCCUUGUCUUCUGGCAGGUCCCUGAUGUAGGCCCUUGCCGCAUGAGCUGCAGCUUCACUGCCUUGAGGGACCCCAAAGCCCAGUUGGUGUGGCUGGAGUAAACUGGCAGCUUCUAGGCGAAUGUUUCUUACUGCUGCUUUGGCAACGAGACGGUGAAGAGUGUUUCCAACCGCAAUGGGUCUGAUUCCCCCAUCCUUCUUCUUCAACGCACACAGUGAGGCUCCAAAAAAGAAAGGUUUAAUUUUUUCUGGGAUUCGCCCAGCCAGGCAGUUGUUGACAAAAGUUGUUAACUUGGUGGGAAGAAGUGAUGCAGAUGCACCGAGUACUGGACUUACCAUUUCCUUGAAGUGCUGAGGUCGAAUUCCAGUGUAACCUCCUGCAGAUCCUGCAGGAAAUGACACAAUCGCCUUAUAGACUUCCGAUUCAGGCAAAAUUAAUUGUUCAGUGAUGGGGUCUUCCUCAGGGUUGUUGUUGAUGGCUAUGGUGUCCCUGGUUGGACGCUUGUCUCUUAGUGCUUGGGCUGUGGUCUCAUCUUUGGGGGCUACAGUGUCGUCACUUGUAAUUAUUCGGAUUCCUCUCACUGUGUUAACUUCUUCAAUUUUUUUGCUAACCUGUGCGCAAAUCUUCUCGUUUUCAGUGGGACUUUUCUUGGGUCUACCUCUGUGGUUCCUGCGAUGAUGGGGCAGAGGGACACAAUUAUCCGUUCUUGGGUAGUUGCGCACUGCCUUGAUAACUGAUGUGGUUAGCAGUUUGCCUCGUCUCUCAGGAACUGCAAGACAGACAUUGCCGAGCAGGAGCAGGUUGCGCCAUGCUUGGAUGGUGCCUCAGGCUUCUAAGUCGGUGGAACCUCCAUUCACCUGCUUAAGAAGGUCUGUGAAUUUCCCUGCUGCAUAUGGGCGAGCCACUUUAGCGAUGUGGGAUAGGGUACUGUUAGCAGUGGAUUUGAAUGCCAACAGAAGGUUAUCGCAAGUGAGGAGGUUGCCAUUGGAAUUGUCAUCUGCCUGUGGAGGCUGUGGGCUGCUCUUUGCUGAGGGCAUAUGUGAUCCCGCACACCCAUUGUGUGCACGAAUGCGACCAUCCCUGUUGCGUGCUCGAAACUCUCCGCACACCUGACAUGUGCCUCUUCUUUCAUUGUUGGGUGCACUGUUUCCCUGGCUUUGUGGCUGGCUGGCUUCAUCAUCUGCCAUACCUCAAACAGUGUGGUAAGCCCAGGCUGAAGGGAAAAUGGCGCAUGGCACAUACCACAUGUAGUUCAUGGUGGUGGUAGGGUGAGGAGAGGGGUCUCUCCUCCUUGUGGUGGGCGGUGGAGGAAAGGGAGGAGUGGAAGAUGUGUGAUGAGGCGGAGUAGGGCACUCACUCCCUCCCAGGAAAAGUCACUAUACAACACAAUGCUCUGUGCACCUGUUACUAUACGUCACUAUGCUCUGUGCACAGCCCCCACUAUAAACGACACGCCGCUAUACACUACACGUGCUAUGCGCAUACCAUGCUCAUAAGAACAUAAGAACAUAAGAACGAAGGAACACUGCAGCAGGCCUACUGGCCCAUGCGAGGCAGGUCCAAGUCUCCCACCAGCUUAAGCCAAUGCACCCAAACUAGUCAGGUCAGGUCACCUUGACUUAAGGGAGGAACACGGCAACCGACCUGAUAGCACAAGCUAUCAGGUCCAACUCACACCCACCCACAUCCACUCAUGUAUUUAUCCAACCUAUUUUUAAAGCUACACAACGUUCUGGCCUCUAUAACUGUACUUGGGAGUUUGUUCCACUCAUCCACAACUCUAUUACCAAACCAGUACUUUCCUACAUCAUUCCUGAAUCUUAAUUUUUCCAACUUAAAACCAUUGCUGCGAGUCCUGUCUAGGCUAGAUAUUUUCAGCACACUAUUUACAUCCCCUUUAUUUAUUCCUGUCUUCCAUUUAUACACCUCAAUCAUAUCCCCCUAAUUCUACGUCUUUCUAGAGAGUGCAGAUUCAGGGCCCUUAGUCUAUCCUCAUAGGGAAGGUUUCUGAUACAUGGGAUCAACUUUGUCAUCCUCCUUUGUACAUUUUCCAGAGCAUUUAUAUCCAUUCUGUAAUACGGUGACCAAAACUGUGCAGCAUAAUCUAAAUGAGGCCUAACCAAGGAUGUAUAGAGUUGAAGAACAACCUGAGGACUCCUAUUAUUUAUGCUUCUUGAUAUGAAGCCAAGGAUUCUAUUAGCUUUAUUGCGAACACUUAUGCACUGUUGUCUUGGUUUCAGAUUACUGGUAACCAGAACUCCUAAAUCUUUUUCGCAAUCCGUAAUAUUAAGAUCUACAUUAUUUAGUUUAUAUGUGGCAUGGUUAUUGUCCUGUCCAACAUUUAGAACUUUGCAUUUGUCUAUAUUAAACUGCAUCUGCCACCUCUCCGACCACUGCAUCAGUCUAUUCAAAUCUUCCUGGAGUGCACUAAUGUCCUCGUCAGAAUGAAUUGUACGGCCUAUUUUGGUGUCAUCUGCAAACUUGCUGAUGUCGCUCUUUAUGCCCUCAUCUAUGUCGUUUAUGUAUAUUGUGAACAGCAGGGGGCCCAACACUGACCCCUGUGGAACACCGCUCGUGACGCUUCCCCACUCUGAUUUCUCCCCAUUUAUGCAAACUCUCUGCUGCCUAUUUGUCAACCAUGCCUCUAUCCAGGAAAAAAUUUCUCCUCCUAUUGCAUGUGCCUUAAUUUUCCUCAAUAGUCUCUGAUGUGGGACCUUGUCAAAAGUCUUACUGAAGUCCAUAUACACAAUAUCAUAUUCAUUACAAUGAUCAACCUCCUCAAAUACCUUAGUGAAAAAAGUUAAUUCGUAAGGCAGGAACGCCCCUUUGUAAAACCAUGCUGAGAUUCGUUGAUUAAUUUAUGCUUUUCAAGGUGGCUAUGAACUGCCUCGGCAAUUAUUGAUUCCAUAAAUUUUCCCACUAUGGAGGUUAGGCUUAUUGGUCUAUAGUUCGAAGCUAAGGACCUGUCACCUGCUUUGAAAAUAGGUAUCACAUUUGCCAUUUUCCACUUAUCUGGCACCAUGCCAGUUUGAAGUGAUAUGUUGAAAAGAUUAGCCAAAGGUUUGCUAAGCUCCUCUUUACAUUCCUUUAGAACCCUUGCAUACAGUUCAUCAGGGCCUUGGGAUUUGUUAGGUUUUAAUUUAUCUAUUUGCCUAAGGACCAUGUCACUUGUGACUCUAAUCGUGCACAGUUUAUUAUCGUCCUGUUCCACAUAAUUUAUCAUUUCUGGAAUAUCGCUGGUAUCCUCCUGUGUAAAAACUGAGAGGAAGUAUGUGUUAAAACUUCUACACAUUUCCUUAUCACUGUCAGUGAGCUGACCCGAGGAACUUUUGAGUGGGCCUAUCUUGUCCCUGAUCUUACUUCUGUAUACCUGAAAGAAUCCUUUUGGGUUAGUCUUCGAAUCUCUUGCAACUUUAACCUCAUAAUCUCUUUUUGUUUUUCUAAUUCCUUUUUUUUAUUUCUCUCUUUAACUGAAUAUAUCGAUUUCUUAAUUGCUCCUCCCCUCUUUUGAUUUGCCUAUAUAUGCCUCUCUUUUGACCAAUUAGAUAUUUUAAUCUAUUGUUCAUCCAUUUAGGAUCAUUUUUGUUUGAUCUGAUUUCCCUAUUUGGAACAUAAUUUGACUGAGCAGCUAGAACUAUGCCCUGGAAAGCGUCAUAUCGGCAACCAUCACCAUCUACCUGACCCUUAGUCAGGUCAUUCCCAGUUCACCCCACCUAAGUAAUUUUUCAGUCCUAUGAAAUCAGCCAAGCGGAAGUCAGGGACAGAGACUUG